CCCAGAGUUUGCACCUGCUUGUCUGUUCCUGGUGCGUCAGUCCAAGAAACCGAUCACUCUUUGUAGCAAGUAGAGGUUCCCUGGAAUUCCUCUUUUGCAUCACCUGCUGCAGGAAAAGUUUCAGGGCCACAAGAGAAACUUCAGCAAAGGGAGGUGUAGUCCAGCCUGCCACGCACCAGGAUGCUCCUGAAAGCUACUUUCCUGCUCCUCUCCUGCCUCUUGCUCUGCUCAGCAGAUCAGUAUCAGCAGGAGGCAGAGAGAAUCAUGACGACAUCACCUGUGAUAGAUGGGCACAAUGACUUACCUUGGCAGUUACUGAAAAAAUUCAACAACCAACUGUCUCUGAAGUCUGCAAAUCUGACCACGCUGAAUGACACUCACACGAACAUCCCAAAGCUGCGUCUUGGACACGUGGGAGCACAGUUCUGGGCUGCCUAUGUGCCCUGCGAAACCCAGAACAAAGAUGCUGUCAAGAGAACCUUAGAGCAGAUUGACGUCAUCCAUCGCAUGUGUCACCACUACCCGGAUGACUUUGAGUGUGUCAGUAGCAGUGCAGGUAUCCAGAAUGCUUUCACCAAUGGACGGGUGGCCAGUCUGAUUGGCGUGGAGGGUGGGCACUCGAUAGACAGCAGCAUGGCCGUCCUGCGCACCUUCUACCAGCUGGGGGUGCGCUACAUGACCCUCACCCACAGCUGCAACACACCCUGGGCUGAUAACUGGCUGGUGGACACUCCGGAUGAGGAACCAGUUCACAAUGGCUUGACUGAAUUUGGGAAGCGCUUGGUCAGGGAGAUGAACCGUCUGGGAAUGAUGGUGGAUUUGGCUCACGUCUCUGUGAAGACAAUGAAAGACGCUUUGAAUGUCUCCAGAGCACCUGUGAUAUUCAGCCACUCCUCUGCCUAUGCCAUCUGCAAACACCGGCGCAAUGUGCCAGAUGAUGUCCUCCGCGAAGUGAACAAGACCCGUGGCCUUGUGAUGGUGAACUUCUACAACACCUAUGUGUCCUGUAGCUCCAAAGCCAACCUUACACAGGUUGCAGACCACAUGGACUACGUAAAGCGUGUUGCUGGACCAGAGGCAGUUGGCUUUGGAGGAGACUAUGAUGGUGUUCCCAGUGUCCCAGAUGGUUUGGAAAAUGUCUCCAAAUACCCAGACUUAGUUGCAGAGCUUCUGAGGAGGAACUGGACAGAGAAGGAAGUGAGAGACGCCCUGACCAACAACCUGCUGCGGGUCUUUGAGAGUGUGGAGCAGGUGCGGGAUGCAAUGGCCCGUGAAAAAAUAGUUCCUGAUGAUGGACCCAUCGACUUUAAGAACUUGGAGGGGACAUGCCAAACAGACUAUGGGUACCCUAGCAAUGGGGACCAUCCCAAAAUGCUGCCUGCUGUGCUUGCACUCCCUGUCCUCCUCGUGUUGCGCUGGUAGAAGCUCCAGCACCUCCCUUGUCUUGGUGACCUCAUGGAAUCUAACUGGUUGAAAGUUCACACCAGAGAUCAGGCUCUUGCUGCAUCCCUCCUACCACAAACCAGGCUGCACCCUUGCCCAAAUGCUUUAGGAAAUUAAACUGAACUAUCGAUGAAUGUGUUUCCAGCUGUUCCCCGUCUGGUAGCUUUGGCCCCAGUUCCUCCAACCCCAAUAACUGAAAAGCAAAGGGCACGAUGCUCAUCAAACCCAUGGCAACCAAGCUGGACUCAUCAGCUUCACAGACCUUCCAAAGUGUGGCUUCCAAGAACACCGAGGACCGAGUUACCUAUCAUUCCCAGCCAACCUGGUCAAUGGCCAGAGUUGGUAGGAGCUGCAGUCCAGCAAAUAAAGAAGAGGCCAUCACAACAGCUACCCUACCUUUGUAGGUCCUUUAUAGGACACAGGUCCUGCUUGCAGGCUUCCCUUGGGCAUCUGGAGCUGUAGUUCAGUGGUAGGACAUCUUGCUUUGCAUGCGGAAGGUCCCAGGUUCAAUCCCCAACAUCCCCAGGUAGGGCUGGGAGAGAACUCUGUCUGAUAUCCUGGAAAGCUGCUGCCAUUCAGUGUGGGCAAUACUGAGCUAGAUGGGCCAGUGGUUUGACAGCUUCCUAUGCCCUAUGGCUGGCCACUGAGCAAACAGGCUGCUGGACUGGACUGGACUGCUUUGGCCUGAUCCAGCAGAGCUCUUCUGACAUUCUUGCAUCCUCUCCCAACAGUCCAGCAAGACGUUUCCUCCCUUCUGGAGUCAUUCAUGAGCAACCUUUACUCCAACACUCUUCUGCUCUUUCCCCUUCUAUCCUCACUGUGCUUAAGUACUGGUGGGGGACCCCCUCACAUGUUCUGUACUGCAGUAGUGCCAAGCACACUCCUAGGUCUAAGUAAAAGUUUAACUGCUGAUCAAAGGAGACCAGCUGCCUUUCUCUUUGGAGUCAAAUGCAUGAACAUGGCAAGAGGCACCUGAGCUUCCACCAGCGGAGAAGAGGAUCCUUUUUGAAAUCUGUUGCUGGGGAGCUCCAGGCAAGGCCGGGGAGGGCAUGGUCGCCUCUGACUACAGCCGAGAGGCCCGGGUGACCACCUUCCCCUUCUUGCCAGUCUCGUAGCUUGCUCAAGGGUCCCGACAGAGCUGCCAAGCGCCAUCCGGGCAGGUGCUGUCGUCUCGCAGCCUCCGUCCAAGCAUUCCUCAUUAGCCAAUUAAUUAGCUAAUCAAGCAGCUCAUUAGCAGCUUCCGGUGGCAUUUCAAGAACAGCCUGUCUUUGGAUGCGGAGGCGGUGAUGGGCACCUGCACAAACAGACCUAGGAAGGGAUUCAGCCUGCCUGCUUGCGUUUGCUGGCUGGCUGCGGCACAGGGGCUCUGUGUACGAGAGGACCAGCACCGGGGCAGCAGGUAGAAGCCGUUUCCUGCUUUUUGUGGCCCCUGCAUAGCCCUGCCUGCUACCCAGCAGAGAGGAGGCAAGCUAGGAAGACACAGGCAGGCACACACAUGAGAUCCAGGUCUGCCUUACAGUUCAGAAAAGAUAUCAAAACUGAAACUGGGCCAAAGCUGCCCUGUAGAGCCUGGCAUCCACCUGUAAGCCUCUGCACUUUAGACCACAGCUCCAACAGCCACUAAUCUCUUUUUUUUAAUGGCCACUAUUAUAACCUUGGUACGCCACUGAAUACCAGUUGCUGGGGGCACAACAGCAUGAGAGGAAGGACCACAGCUGAGCUGUAGAGCCUCUGCCUUGCACACACAGAAGGUCCCAGGUUCAAUCCAGGUAUGGCUAGGGAAAACGCUUGCCUGAAACCAUGGAAAGCCACAGCCAAUCAGUGAAGGCCACAGCCCUUUAAGCAGUCAGUCAGGACCCACAGGUGGAUCAAGAGGCUAUACUAGGUGGCUUCCAGCAUGUCUGCCAUGCCGGAUUCUAGAUAAGGCUGACUACACUACAUGUGAUGUCUAGGUUAGGGCACAUUCGUCUGAUGACACACACCUUUUAUUGAUUUCCAUGGGUGCUACAACGUGGCAGGAGAAAAGCAUGAGCCAUUUUUAAGAACGUACAUAUUUCUGGCCAAGCACAUGCCCCACCACCCUACAUCUAUGCUUCUAGAGAGGAAGCUCUGUACGGAGCAGGGCACUCUGUUCACUUUUGAGUCUACUUCUAUGGCUUUCUGAACUUCUCCCAGAAUGCAAAAACUGGGUUUUUUCAACAGCUUCUCAGCCUUUUGACUAAAAAUAAGUGUAACAACCACUGCAUUUCAUUUGA